UGUAGUGGUGGAAGAAGAGAGCCGUGCCUGGAGAGGUCUAUUGAUCGCGCACGACUCCCGUGCUAUCUGUGCGCACUGCGGCCGCGCCAGGCUGCCCGCCCACCCCUAGUUCCAACAUGGCGAUGGAGUGUGCGGGGGAGCGCUCGCGGGCUCUCGCUAGUGUUAGUUAAACAUUUUCAUGUGUUCCCGGAUUACCUACCUGACUCCUCCACCAUGCAGAAGGAGAACAGCCACACCCCCGACAACCACCAGUACGUCGGGCCCUAUCGCCUGGAGAAGACCCUGGGCAAGGGCCAGACGGGACUGGUGAAGCUUGGAGUGCAGUGUGUGUCGGGGAAACGAGUGGCCAUAAAAAUAAUAAACAGGGAAAAACUAACCGAAUCUGUAUUACAAAAGGUCGAGAGGGAGAUAGCGAUUAUGAAAUUAAUAGAACAUCCACACGUGCUGGGACUCUACGAUGUCUACGAAAAUAAGAAAUAUUUGUACCUGGUGCUCGAACAUGUCUCAGGUGGGGAACUCUUCGACUACCUCGUCAAGAAGGGGAGGUUAACACCGAAGGAGGCGCGCAGGUUCUUCAGACAAAUCAUCUCGGCCUUAGACUUCUGCCACAGCCACUCUAUAUGCCACCGGGACCUCAAGCCUGAGAACCUGCUGCUGGAUGAGAAGAACAGCAUCAGGAUUGCGGACUUCGGCAUGGCGUCCCUUCAGCCAGAAGGUUCGAUGCUGGAGACCUCCUGCGGCUCCCCCCACUACGCCUGUCCGGAGGUGAUAAGGGGAGAAAAAUAUGAUGGGCGGCGGGCGGACGUGUGGUCGUGCGGGGUAAUCCUGUACGCCCUCCUGGUGGGUGCCCUGCCCUUUGACGACGACAACCUCCGCCAACUCCUGGAGAAGGUGAAGCGAGGCGUGUUCCAUAUCCCCCACUUCGUGCCCCCCGACUGCCAGGACCUGCUAAGGGGCAUGAUUGAGGUCAACCCGGAGAAGAGGUUCACGCUGGAGGAGAUCAACAAGCAUGCGUGGGUCAUCGCGGGCGGCAAGGGUGAGCUGGAGCUGAGGCCCAUGAUGGAGGUAGUGCAGACCCACAUCAUCCCCACCAAGGACAGCAUUGACCCGGACGUCAUCAGGAAUAUGGCCUCCCUUGGCUGCUUCAAGGACAAGGACAAGGUGAUGCUGGAUCUCCUCGACCCCUGCCACAACACGGAGAAGGUCAUCUACUUCCUCCUGCUGGACCGGAAGCGUCGGAAACCUGCGUGUGAGGACGAAAACGAGAUCAUCCACCGGUACCGCUCUGAGUCCGCCGACCCGCCCAGGAAACGAGUCGACACCUGCUCCGUCAACGGCACCAUGUCCCACUUUGAGCGUCUGGCUGAGGGAUCCCCCAUCACCCCUCGGCGAAACCUCUCUCACCAGUCAUCACACACCCUUCCCUGCAGUCGCCGCCGAUCUGCCAACAACAACAACAGCGGCUCUCAUUCCCCGCUUCACUCCAACAAUGUGACGCCCACUGCCUCGCCCCUCUCCUCGCCACGCACCUCCCGCCACCACCACCAUCACUCCCAGCAACACCACCACAGCAGCACCACCAGCACCAGCACCAGCGCAGUCAGCACCGUCACCAGCACCACCGCCGGGAAUGAAAAGUCAGGCACAAUCACCUCAGGAGAUGACAGUAACCCCCCUUCAGCCCCGGGCUCCCCCUACUCUGCCCCAUACUGGAAGUCUCGCCUCAACACUAUCAAAAACUCCUUCCUGGGCUCCCCGCGCUUCCACAGGAGGAAACUUCAAGUCCCGACAGAUGAGGUGCACCUCACGCCGGAGUCCUCGCCGGAGCUCACUAAGAAGUCGUGGUUUGGCUCCCUCAUGAGCACGGAGCGGGACGAGACCUACACCAUUCUGGUCAAGGACAAGGCUCUGGCCACCGUCAAGGCCGACCUCAUCCACGCUUUCCUCUCCGUGGCAGAGCUGAGCCAUAGUGUCACGUCACCCAUGAGCUUCCGGGUGGAGUAUAAAAGGGGCAGUGCAGGGCCAGCGGUGUUCCAGAGACACGUGAGGUUCCAGGUGGACAUCACACCGGUGUAUUCCCCAAAUGAUCCCAAUCCACUCUACGCUAUUAACUUCAUCCUGCUCUCUGGUAACAUCCGGCGGUUUCGACGCAUCUGUGAACACAUCCAGGCACAGGUGUGCAGCCGGCGGCCUCCCGCUUCACCCAGAGUCGGCCGGAAAUUCACAACAGAGCUGUCCGAAUCUUCUUCCUGUGGCUCAGACACCUCUGAGCGCCUCUCUCCAUUCCCCCAGGGCAAACAGGCGGAGAGUGACAUAGAGAGUGAUGCGUCCCAGUCUGACGGCAAGAACCUGAGUGGGCGCGGGGGCUCCGAGUCACCGCAGCCCAGCGUGACCAACGGGCGUAGCACCUCGGACCCGGAGACACAGCAGCUGGGCUCGUCUGACUUGGCCACGUAGUCCAGGGCAGUGCGGGCCCACCCUGGCCACGGUGCCAGCUCCAGCGCCCUACUGCCCCCCCCCCUUCCUGCCAGGCGGCCCCUGUGAUCAGGCCACGUGUUCCGUCGAGAAGAACAUUUGCUCAUCAGGACAGAAUAUCAUUUAGGGAUGCAUAAUGCCAUGGCAAACGGCUAAAGUUUGGUUGCCAACGUGAUUCGAUAAACUUGUCCAUAUACUAAUGUAUGGUAAGCCAAUUAACUUUGAAGUUAUUUGUUAUUACCCCUAAGGACGAAUGAAAUAGGUAGUGCUUGCUGGUAUGAUCAGUGUUGUGUUUUGUCUGGGAAAGGUUUCUUCUGGAAAAUGCAAGAGGUACUCUUAGCUUAAAGUUUCUUGUUGAUAGGCUUCCUAACAUCUAAAUACUGGUGGAGUAAGGAACCGUGACUUCUUGCUUGGGACUAUAUUAUCACACUCGUUUUAUACCACAUUUAGGAAAGCAUUUUAUAGGCAUAGUGAAAAGGAUGAAACCUACUCUUUCUCUCAUUUCUUAUGCAAGAUAAAAACAACAGGCCAACAACUGACAGCACUUCAGCAAGUGACAGUGAAACUUCAUCACCAGCCUAAAUCAUCCUUAGAAUGCCGGCCGGACUGUGUGAGUCUGUGUGCCGAACUGCAAGCAUCAAACCUAUUGUCCUCAGGCAGAAUGUGCAGGGCAGCAGACACAGACAUGCAAACUAGUCAGGAACUUGAACUUGCAAGUCUCAGCAAUACUGUAAUGUUAAACACCACUUCAGCAAAGAUCUUGGAAGGAAAUAGAAAGAAGGAAAUGUGAUUGAAAAUUUUAGUAACACUAAUUGAAAAAUAUAACAGAUUUUCUUGUUGAUAUGGUUUAAUGACAACUGUUGUCUUCUCUUGUGUUGUGACUCACUUGAAUCACUUGUCUAUCUUUUCCACACUCCUGCCUCACACCUUCCACCAAACGGGGCCAACCGAGGUGUGGCAUGUCUCGUCUAUACGGCACCUAACCUCGUUUGUCGCCUCACACUUUUCGUUGUAACUUGUCACUGGGGAUGUUACUGAGUUCAUAUUGUGUUUACUCUCUAAUCUCAGUUUGAAAGUGCUUGUUAACCAUUGCGUGUCAAAUAUCAUGGGAUGGGAGAGAAGAAAUUGGUAGGCUGUUAUAAUUAGCUGUUUCUGAAGUGCAAAUUUAGCAUCUGUGAAGAUUUUAAUUUGCCAAAAAAAUAAGAUUAUAUAAUCAUAAUUUAACUGUAAUAUAUUUAAGGUAUUAUCACAAAAUACAGUAAACAGCAAAACAAUUAUUAAGAAGCCAUCAAAUUUAUAAGGAAUUUAUAUUUUAUCAGGGGCUAUUUUUAAAAAAAGAUUACGUAAUAUUAUGAUCCAGUAAGCUUGAGCCACAAACUCACUGUGUGUGGUGGCUGGUCAGAAUCGAUGAAAGAGUACAAAGUAUAUUUAUAGAAAAAUUAGAAGUGAUCACAUCAAGCUUUGAACAUUAGUAGUUGUGUCAGUACCAAAGAAAGAAAUGCACAUGAUAGGUGAGUGUUUCAUGUUCUUUUAUCGGAUGACUAAAGGAUGCAAUGCUGCUGAAAGGGAAGCUGGGAGGAACUGUGCUGAGAGCCGAGCCAGGAGAUGAGUAACAAUGAGGCAAGCUGUCGGUGUCGGGAGUGGUGCUGGUCGGGGGGCGAGCCACCAGACUCUGGAGGUGAGAUGUCCUGGGCAGUUGCCGGCCGCCACUUACUGAUAUAAACACACACACAUUCAUUCCUUCAUCAUGCACCUCAUUGACUAUUGUUUACAUUUGCAAGUCAGGUUCGAUGUAACUUGUAUUUUCUGCAGCUUUUAAGCCGAAUCCAAUCCCGUUUUGACUAAAUCCGAUUGUAACCUGAGUUGUUUAUCCUGUGGAAACUAGGACAUUAUUAGGCAUGGUGUAAAGGGGAGUUUAUCAUAGCUUCAACUUUAUUAGAAACGACAUAUUAUAUUCACUGAAUUCAUUAUUCUUGGUAGUGCAGCCCCAUUUUAUACAGCCUGUUUUGUACAAGUUUUUCUUCUAGCUACAGACUCCUCUUCUCAGCUGCCUUCAUACCAAAGGAGCUGUGUAGAAUACAUCCUGGGUGUUGGGAAAUGGACUGUCAGCCAGCCAGGUCUUGCGUCACUCGCUCCAGCUGUCCCUCGGGCCAGCCGGACCGCGACUCUGACUCAAGUGUCCAGCUGACUCGAGUUAUGUAUAUUUUCCCCUGAUGACACCCACCGUUUACAAAGUUUGGCGAGUCUCACGAGCCAGCAAGGAGGCUCUCCGUGUGUCCCUCACCCGCCUGCCACGGGCCGGAGGGUACAGGGGUGCCGGGCCGCCUCGACACCUUCCAGCCGGGGCACCGGUGUCUGGUGGCGAGGACAGCAAUGAAUUAAGGUCUCUUGGGUUCUCAUUCAUAUUCCAUUAUCAUUACCUAAGUUAUACUCUCAUCACCCUAACAGUCUGCUUUCUUGGGAGUUCACUUGCUGUGACCGCUGGUCCCGCCACCUGUGCCUCUUGUCCUCCCUGGGGCGGGUGAGGGGAAGGGCGUGAGGGUCGUCAGGUUAUAGCGUCCAGUUAGGCCUAUGCUCUCAAGGUUUUGUCCCACGGUGAGUGUAAGUUUUGUAAAUAUUACUUUGUAAGAAACAUGCUUGUUAAGUCUGUAUUAUACUCAUAUAAAGACCAGUAUCUAGGA